AUGCUGCUCUUAAUCUUUGCUGCUGUCUUCAUGUCUGAACUCCUGGGCUCAACACCCUCAGGAGUCACAGAUACUGGCCCAUGGCUGUGCCAGCCAGCGCCCAGGUGUGGGGACCACAUCUACAACCCCUUGCAGAAGUGUUGUGACGAUGACACCAUCCUGCCCCUGAACCGGUCCCGCCUGUGUGGUCCCAACUGCAUCUACUGGCCUUGCUUUGAGCUCUGCUGCCCCGAGUCUUUUAGUCCCCAGAAGAAGUUUGUUGUGAGGUUGAAAGUUCUGGGAGUGAAGUCCCAGUGCCACUCAUCCCCCAUCUCCAGGGACUGUGGCAGGUAA